UGUCCCCAGGUGGUGAAGGUGCGGCCCAAUGACAAGGACGCCAAGCUGAAGUACCAGGAGUGUCACAAGAUCGUCAAGCAGAAGGCCUUCGAGCGCGCCAUCGCCAGCGACGAGCACAAGCGCUCCGUCGUCGACUCCCUCGACAUCGAGAACAUGACCAUCGAGGACGAGUACAGUGGCCCCAAGCUGGACGGUGGCAAGGUGACGUUGGCCUUCAUGAAGGACCUCAUGCAGUGGUACAAGGAGCAGAAAAAACUCCACCGAAAAUGCGCCUACCAGAUCCUGGUGCAGGUCAAGGAGGUGUUGGCCAAACUCCCGACGUUGGUGGAGACAACGUUGAAGGAGACGGAGAAGGUGACAGUGUGCGGUGACACCCACGGCCAGUUCUACGAUCUCCUGAACAUCUUCGAACUCAACGGGCUCCCCUCUGAAUCCAACCCUUACAUAUUUAACGGGGACUUUGUGGACCGAGGGUCCUUCUCGGUGGAGGUCAUCCUCACGCUCUUCGGCUUCAAGCUCCUCUACCCCGACCACUUCCACUUGCUCCGAGGGAACCACGAGACGGACAACAUGAACCAGAUCUACGGCUUCGAGGGGGAGGUGAAGGCCAAGUACACGGCGCAGAUGUUCGCGCUCUUCAGCGAAGUCUUCGAGUGGCUCCCGCUGGCCCAGUGCAUCAACGGGAGAGUGCUG